AUGAGGUUAACUCCAACAACUUUAUCAAAUACAAUUACAACACUCAGAUUCUGUCAUGAUUUUAACCAAGUAAUUACACCCGGCGCAUUACCAAAUAGUCUCACAACACUCAUAUUCGGUAAUAGUUUUAACCAGAUAGUUCCACUCGGCACAUUACCAAAUAAUCUCACAACACUCACAUUCGGUGAUAGUUUUAACCAAGUAAUUCCACCUGGCACAUUACCAAAUAGUCUCACAACACUCACAUUCGGUCGUCAUUUUAACCAGAUAGUUCCACCCGACACUUUACCAAAUAGUCUCACAACACUCAGACUCUGUCAUGAUUUUAACCAAGUAGUUCCACCCGGCACAUUACCAAAUAGUCUCACAACACUCACAUUCGGUACUCGUUUUAACCAGACAGUUCCACCCGGUUCAUUACCAAAUAGUAUCACAACACUCACAUUCGGUGAUGAUUUUAACCAAGUAAUUCCACCUGGUGCAUUACCAAAUAGUCUCACAACACUCAUAUUCGGUCGUCAUUUUAACCAAGUAGUUCUACCCGGCACAUUGCCAAAUAGUCUCGCAACACUCACAUUCGGUUAUAGUUUUAACAAAGUAAUUACACCCGGCACAUUACCAAAUAUUCUCACAACACUCACAUUCGGUUAUAGUUUUAACCAAGUAAUUACACUCGGCACAUUACCAAAUAGCCUCACAACACUCACAUUCGGUAAUCGUUUUAAGCAAGUAAUUAAACCCGGCACAUUACCAAAUAGUCUCACAACACUCACAUUCGAUUAUAAUUUUAAACAAGUAGUUCUACCCGGCUCAUUACCAAAUAGCCUCACAACACUCACAUUUGGUGGUCAUUUUAACCAGACAAUUCCACCCCGCACAUUACCAAAUAGUCUCACAACACUCACAUUCGGUUAUAGUUUUAACCAAGUAAUUACACCCGGCACAUUACCAAAUAAUCUCACAACACUCACAUUCGGUGAUAGUUUUAACCAAACAGUUCCACUAGGCACAUUACCAAAUAGUAUCACAACACUAACAUUCGGUGAUGAUUUUAAGCAAGUAAUCACACCCGGCUUAUUACCAAAUAGUCUCACAACACUCAUAUUCGGUCGUCAUUUUAACCAAAUAGUUCUACCCGGCACAUUGCCAAAUAGUCUCACAACACUCACAUUCGGUUAUAGUUUUAACAAAGUAAUUACACCCCACACAUUACCAAAUAAUCUCACAACACUCACAUUGGAUAAUCGUUUUAAUCAAGUAGUUCUACCUGACACAUUACCAAAUAGUCUCACAACACUCACAUUCGGUGAUAAUUUUAACCAAGUAAUUACACCCGGCACAUUACCAAAUAGUCUCACAACACUCACAUUCGGUUAUAGUUUUAACCAAGUAAUUACACUCGGAACAUUA